AUGUGCGAUUUCACCAAGAACUACUACAUCUACACGACGUGUCUCGACCCCGGAGCCCACUUCUUCCGGACCUCGGUCGACGGCAGCCGCAAGCACUCGUGCCCCAAGGGCCCGCAUGAGAGAUAUAUCAUGCUCCCCGGCCACUGCCCGCUCUGCUGCGUUUGA